AUGGGUCAUUGUUCUCAAUGUACUAUACACACUAUAGAUAGAUCAUCAGGAGAUAAGAUAAAGGGAGGUUACAGGAAAAUCACCCCAUUUUUCAUACCUUACGCUAUAACAAAUAUGGGCUCAGACUUGCUUGCAAUUGAGCUUGGUUUUAUGGGACCAAAUUAUUCAAUAUCAACCGCUUGUGCUACCUCCAGUUAUUGUUUCUAUGCUGCUACCAAUCACAUUCGUGGAGGUGAAGCCGACUUAAUGAUUACUGGUGGAACUGAAGCUGCCAUUAUUCCCCUUGGCCUGGGUGGUUUUGUUUCAAGUAGAGCUUUCUCUCAGAGAAAUGAUGAUCCACAAACUGCUUCUAGGCCAUGGGAUAAAGAUCGAGAUGGCUUUGUCAUGGGUGAAGGUGCUAGUGUAUUGGUGAUGGAGAGCUUGGAACAUGCAAUGAAACGAGGCGCACCAAAUAUUGCGGAAUACUUGGGAGGUGCAGUAAAUUGUGAUGCUCAUCAUAUGACUGAUCCAAGAGCUAAUGGACUAGGUGUCUCUUCAUGCAUUGAGAGAAGCCUUGAAGACGCUGGUGUGUUACCAGAGGAGGUUAACUACGCAAAUGCACAUGCAACUUCCACUCCAGCUGGUGACGUAGCUGAGGUGAAUGCCAUAAAGAAGGUAUUCAAAAACACUACAGAGAUCAAAAUGAAUUCAACCAAGGUAAACUAUUUCUUUACCUCUCGGUCUCUCUAUCUACUGUGUAACUCAAAGUGCAAAGUGAAGUUUGAAAUGGUGGCCUAAAGAAGAAGUUUAGGAUAUCUCUGUGUUUUCUUCAGAAAAUUACACAGACACACAUAGGAACAUCUCCCUCUCCCUCUC